AUGCAUUCCACUGCGUUUCUCGGUCUGCUGGCUUCAGUUGCAACCGCAGCGGCAGCAACCAUUCCAUCUGAUGAGGUUCCUCUCAUCGGUCCUUCAUUUCUUUCCAACUUUGACCCGACGAAUGCUCGGUCUGUCCUCAACGCCACCGAAUCUUUCCCCGCCAUAAUCGAUACUCUCUUUGAGAGCGAUGUCCUCAACAAGACGGACCUCGUGUUCACCGUUGACGUGUUCUCGGCCGCAACCAAUAAGUCUCUCUAUAGCUACUUCCACGCUGGAGAUGAGGGAAAGCAGGGCUUGACGGCCGGGGUACUCAACGACCAGACUAUUGGGCGUAUCGGCAGUGUGAGCAAGCUCUUCACUGUCUAUGCCAUCAUUGCCAAAGCCGGAAUUGAGGUGUUCAGUCACCCGGUGACGAAAUACCUUCCUGAGCUUUUGGGCAACUCAUCGGGCGAUCCUCUCAAACAUGUCCGCUGGGAGGAUAUCACUGUCGGGGCGUUGGCGUCACAGCAAGCGGGUUCUGGUGGAGCAUCAAAUCUUUUGAAUAAAACAACGAUUGAAGAGCUUGCUGCCAUCACUCCUGAAGAUCUCUUCACGUACAUGCGUGACAACAAGAGACCAGUCGUUUCGCCCUUCCGGAAUGCCGUCUACUCCGAUUCAGGUUUCGCUCUGCUCGGUCAAAUUCUCGCCCGUCUCUCAAACCAGACUUACGAGGAUGCUGUCCGAGAUAUCCUAACCAGCCCUCUGGGACUCAACAGCACAACCACUAGCGUACCCAAGGGUGCUGACGUCAACGCCAUCAAUCGUGCGCUUUUCACCGAUGUGACGUCCUAUGGCCUUGACGUCCCUAUAGUCUACCCAUCCGGCGGAAUUUACUCCAACGCCGCCGACCUUCGUACUCUUGGUCUCUCCAUCCUCAACUCAGAGCUGCUUUCGCCAGCCAUGACCUCGCAGUGGAUGAAGCCUCUUAGUGGGACCGGCACUCUUGUCGAGCUUGUCGGUGCACCCUGGGAGAUCACCCGUCUCGCGAUCCCUGCCACGCCGGGAUCGAACCGCACCCGCAUCUCUGAUUUGUACAUCAAAGCCGGCGGGAAUGGUGAUUAUGGAUGCAUUUUUGCGCUCUCUCCCGACCAUGGCAUUGGAUUCUCAAUCUUGGUGGCUGGUAUUACCUCCGGCGCUGCUCGCUGGGUGAUUCGCGACACAAUUGGCGAGUUGUUUAUCCCAGCAGCCGAGGCCGCUGCCGCCGAGAAUGCGAAACAGAAUAUUGCUGGUAUUUUUGAGACUCCAGAUGGAAGAAACAUCACUCUUACCAUUGACGACGGUCACCCGGGCUUAGGCAUCCAAUCAGCCUCAUUGGAGUCGCUAGCUGGGGGCUCAAUGCGUCUCUACCCAUCUGGCACAUACUCAAGUUCAAGGUCUCUCUUCGCUCUGUACAACACUAAGGGCACCUUCAGAGCCGCGCUUCGUGGGAUUAUGUAUGGAGUUCCUAUUCCGGCCCGAGCUGCAUCAGAAGGCGGUACUGGCGGGUUGUUCGAUAACCAGCACUCUUGGAUGGACAUCGGUUUUGUUGAUGGUGAGGAUGAAUUUAUCUUGACCAUUGAGGAAGGAAAAGCAAUCAGUGUGGAAGCCACCAUCGAAGGCGAGCAGGUGACAUUUGAGAGACUUGAGUGA